AUGGCGCUUCGACGCGCUUGCAUCCUCCUACUUCUACCUGGCACUCGAUUCUCCUCUCAUUUCAGCGCAAUGUCUUCAACUCCCUCAGUCAUCUCGUCUUCGGUUAUGUCAGCUUCUGAAGCCAAGUGGAUAACCCUCAAGAAACUUGUUUAUCGCGAUGCGGAAGGGAAAGAGCGACUUUGGGAGUCGGCAGAGCGUACAACUCGGAAAUCAUCUGGAAUCGACGCAGUCGCUGUGCUUGCUUUGAUACGCUCCAAAACAAACGCAUUCCCUCUGAGUACAAUCAUCAUUGAGCAGUAUCGACCGCCAAUAGACAAGUUUAUCGUCGAGAUGCCGGCGGGUCUGAUCGACGAAGGCGAAACACCUGAUCAAGCAGCCAUCCGUGAACUCGAAGAGGAGACAGGCUUCAAGGCCAACUCUGUGGUUGAAUCAACACCUGUACUGGUGGCGGAUCCAGGAAUGACAAAUGCAAACAUGAAGCUCGUUGUUGUGCGCGUGGACCUCCCUGACCAAAUGGAGACUCCCGAGCAAAAAUUGGAGGCAGGCGAAUUUAUCGUCAAGCGUGUCGUAGAGGUUUCCAAACUCGAUCAAAUUUUGAAAGAAUACGAUUCCAAGGGUUAUGUUGUGGAUGCCAAAUUGAUGCAUUGGGCAUCAGGAUAUGAGAUGGCGCGACGAAUUGCUGCUGGAGAGCUGUAG